AUGGCUGCACCGCGCGCCGCGUCCCCUCGCCGCCCGCCAGUGCCGCGCUGGCCCCGGCUGCUGCUGAAGCCGCCGCCGCUGCUGCUACUGCUGCUAUUGCUGCUGCCCGCGCCGAGCAAGGGUCUCGACCACUCUGCAGAACUAGCGUUUGCUAUGGAGCCCAGUGAUGAAGUGGCAGUGCCUGGGCAGCCUGUGGUGCUGGGCUGCCAGGUGGAGGGGACCCCUCCAGUACGAGUCACCUGGAGGAAGAACGGGGUGGAGCUGCCCGACAGCCCCCACUCCACCUUGCUUGGCAAUGGGUCCCUGAUGAUCCGCCACUUCCGGCUGGAGCGAGGCGGCAGCCCCUCGGAUGAGGGCGACUAUGAGUGCGUGGCUCAGAACCGCUUCGGGCUGGUGGUCAGUCGCAAAGCCCGCAUCCAGGCUGCAACCAUGUCAGACUUCCACGUGCAUCCCCAGGCUACCGUGGGAGAGGAAGGUGGUGUGGCCCGCUUCCAGUGCCAAAUCUACGGGCUUCCCAAACCCCUGAUCAUGUGGGAGAAGGACAGAGUCCCCAUCGACACGGAUAAUGAGAGGUACACCUUGCUGCCCAAGGGUGUCCUGCAGAUCACAGGGCUGCGGGCUGAGGACAGCGGCGUCUUCCACUGUGUGGCCUCCAAUAUCGCCAGCGUCCGGGUCAGCCACGGGGCUAAGCUGACGGUGUCAGGCUCAGGCUCCGGGGCCUACAAGGAGCCGACCAUCCUCGUGGGUCCUGAGAACCUCACCCUGACAGUGCACCAGACCGCGGUGCUGGAGUGCGUCGCUACGGGCAACCCGCGCCCCAUUGUGUCCUGGAGCCGCCUGGAUGGCCGCCCCAUCGGAGUGGAAGGCAUCCAGGUGCUGGGCACAGGAAACCUAAUCAUCUCAGACGUGACGGUCCAACACUCGGGUGUGUACGUGUGUGCGGCCAACAGGCCUGGCACGCGGGUGAGGAGGACGGCACAGGGCCGGCUGGUGGUGCAAGCCCCUGCUGAGUUUGUGCAGCAUCCACAGUCCAUCUCUAGGCCAGCUGGGACCACGGCCAUGUUCACCUGCCAAGCGCAGGGAGAGCCACCCCCUCACGUCACCUGGCUGAAGAAUGGACAGGUGCUGGGGCCUGGAGGCCACGUCAGGCUCAAAAAUAAUAACAGCACCCUGACCAUUUCUGGAAUCGGCCCUGAGGAUGAAGCCAUCUACCAAUGUGUGGCUGAGAACAGUGCGGGCUCAUCUCAGGCCAGCGCCCGGCUGACCGUGCUGUGGGCCGAGGGGCUGCCUGGGCCUCCUCGCAACGUGCAGGCCACCUCCAUGUCGCCCACUGAGGUCCGUGUGUCCUGGAGCGAGCCCCUGGUCAACACCAAGGAUAUCAUUGGCUAUGUCCUGCACAUCCGGAAGGCCACUGACCCGCCAGAGCUGGAGUACCAGGAAGCGGUCAGCAAGAGCACCCUUCAGCAUGUGGUCAGUGACCUGGAGCCCUCCACGGCCUACAGCUUCUACAUCAAGGCCUACACACCCAGAGGGGCCAGCUCGGCUUCUGUCCCCACCAUGGCCAGCACCCGGGGUGAAGCCCCCGCCUCACCCCUGCUGUCAGCACGGGUUCUGGGCGACACUUCCCUGCAGCUGCUGUGGGAGCCCUGGCCCCGUCUGGCCCAGCAUGAGGGUGGCUUCAAGCUGUUUUACCGCCCAGCAAGCGGGGCUUCCUUCACUGGUCCCAUCCUGCUGCCCGGAACGGCCUCCUCCUACAACCUCAGCCAGCUUGACCCCACUGCAGUGUACGAGGUAAAGCUGCUCGCCUAUAACCAGCACGGGGACAGCAACGCCACCGUCCGCCUCGUGUCUGUGCAGGGAACAUCUGAGAGGGCCAUCCUGAGCCCACCCUGUGACUGCCGCAAGGAGGAAGCCAGCAACCAGACGUCCACCGCAGGCAUUGUCAUCGGCAUCCACAUCGGGGUCACCUGCAUCAUCUUCUGCGUCCUCUUCCUGCUGUUUGGCCAAAGGGGCAGGGUGCUUUUGUGUAAAGACGUGGAAAACCAGCUGUCCCCUCCUCAGGGCCCUCGCAGCCACAGGGACCCUAGCAUCCUGGCCUUGAACGGGAUACGGCCUCGUGAACAGGGCCAGCUCGGCCUGGAGGAGAAAGGCGGUGUGGAUGCCAAGGAACUGGAGCAGCUAUUCCCCCCACCAGGGACCGCGGCGCAGUCCGGGCCCAGACCCAGGGAUCCCACCGGCGCCACUCUGUGGGAGGAAACCCAGCUCUCGGUGCAGCCGCUGCCACCGCGGCACCUGCCCGAGGGGAGGAGCCGAGCAGGUGCCCCCGAGCUCCCGCAGGACGCAGGCCUCACCCUCGCGGGGCAGUAG